AUCAUGUUCAAAUGUACUUUGUAAUACAACUUGUAUUGUAAGAAACGUUGGUCGUAAUUUUUAUGUAUUACUUGAGUUUUUAGUAAAACAAUACUGACCUUUCUAUAUUUUUAGUUCUUACUUUCCAUCGAUGGUUGUUUUUAGCGCAGUGGACUAUUUUCAUCAAAGAAAAAACAGACUUUGGUCAUUUGUUACUGGAGUUUAAGUUUCAACAAUUAAUAUGAAUUAUGUAAUCAAACUGUCUUAACUUUGUUCUACUACUACUACUAAAUAUUUUUCUUGAUUAAAUGGUUGUUGAUAGUUUAAUUGUAUACAUUUAUUACUAAGGGAUGGGCUUAAAACUUUAGAGUACUGGACUACUAGUCCUACAUUUUGCAGUAUCUGCAGGUUUGGUUCCAUACCUAUAGGAAAUAUUUUUUUACUACAACUACUAGUGGAGUACCUCAUGGGACAACCUUGGGUCUUUGCUCUUUAUAUAUAUAGUAAUGAUAUUGUUAGUACACAAGUAAAGUUUGGUGAUAUAACACUAAACACUUUGAUUUCUUCGUGGAAUAGAUUGAGCGUAAUGUUAGGCUACUGCAUGGAUACUUUUAUAGUAUGCUUUUCUAUAGUAUAAAUGAGACAAUUAUGACAUUAUUAAUAGGUAAAUUGAAAGCUUAGCUGAUUUUCAAUAUUUUAAGCCUAGUAAUCUCUUGCAAGUCAAUUUGACUGAUCAAGAUUCCUAAGCAAUUAUUUAGUCUCAAUUGUUGUUUUUUCUAUUUCUUACUGUGGAAAGUAGAAAAAAAAUAUUGAAAUAUUCUGUUGCAUUAUAACUCAUAGAAUUAUAGAUGGGUUGUAGUUAUUAAAAUUUGCAUGAUAGUCAUGUACAUUUAAUAAUUUUCCAUGAAUGUAAAAUGAUGCUAUUAUAAUUAUUUUAAACAUCAUUGCACAAAAUUGGAGAAAUAAGUUAUUCAAUCAUGGAAACUUUUGAGGUGUACCAAAAAUUGGUAAUUUUUGAAAGACUAUUGGUGUACUGCUUACUUCAGAAUUUUUCUUUGCACUGGACGAUAAACUCACUUAUGGAUACUUCUUAACAGUUUAUUCCUGUUAAUUAACAUCUCAGCUAAUUCUAUAUUUAUAAAAGUAGUGUCUGACCUAAGAUUGUGAACUUAAGUUUGAAUUAGAAUAGUUUCGCCUAACAUAUUUGUUUUGUAUGAAGACAGUUUAUAUUUAUAGUUAUUUGUCCUAAUGAUUUUUUGUGUUAAUAUUCUGAAUUAUUUUGUCUUCCUUCCCAUUUUUAAUUACAGUAUCACUGAUGGAAUUAAUGAUGGUUUUAUCAUAAAACUUAUAUUUGAGUACUAAUAUGUAGUCUCAUACUUUUCAGUGAUUACAAGCAAAAUAUUUACUUUUGGAUUAUGUGUAUCAUAAUACAUCAGAUACUAAACUAUAAUGCCUUACAAGAUUAGAGUUUUAAAAGAAAAGAAGAGAGAAUUAUGGAGGAAAUAUUCAUCGAGAAGAAGAAAAACUAACUUCAAUGAUGGACUGAGAAGAGAGGUUAUGAAUAAACAGACCACAUUAGAUGCAGUAAACAAAGAUGAGAUUCCAGAGAUGAGGUGUAAAAACACUUCGGAGCACACAGAGGAUAGCGGGGAGGAGAAAAUUAGUCAUAAUGGAGGAGUCAUUAAACAGAAACAGGCCACCUGUAGUGGUAAAAAUAGAAGAAAGAUUAGAGAGAAACAAACAGUCUAUAAUUUUAGGAACAGAGAGAGAGUUAAACAAACCCGAUAUAAUGUGAUAAAUAAAGAGAAAAUUGAGGAAAAGCAAGGCAGUAACAGUGCUAGAAAUAGAGAAAGUCAAGAUAGACGUGGCUACAAUGCUGAGAACAAAGAAACAAAAAAUCAAAGCAUCUGUAAGUCAGAACAUAGUGAAAUUAUUGAAAGAAAGAUUACUGAAGUAUUCCAAGCAUCAUCAGACAGACCUGUACAAAACCACAGACAAACAAAAACAUUUGGGGAGCUGUCCGAACCUCCCCAAUAUCUCUGUGAAGCAUGUCAAGUAUCUAUGACAAAUUUACAGAAUUAUUGGAAACAUGUCAAUGAUUUAUGUCCAGUAAAGAAAAACAAAGAACUAUCUAAAACUGAAGUUGCUGAUUGGCGAAAGAAAGUAGAAUUCAACAGUGCUUUAUUUCAUGGUUGUUGUCCUGUUUUCACCAAAGUGCCAGUAGAAACUUCAGUGCUGCUUAUUAAACGAGAGAUAAGCUUACAAAAGAAAUUAAAAUCAGAAGUUCAAGACCGAGAUGAUGGAGAAUCUUCGUCCAGUUUUCAGAGUUGUAAUAUAUGCCACAAAAUUUUUUUUUCUUAUGCCAGAUUUCUUCAACAUCGUGUUUACCAUAAACUUGCCAAUACUGUUGUAGAAAAUUCUGUUGAGACAUUGUAGUAUCUCUUUUCAGACACAUAUGAGGAGUUGAAAUUAGGUUUUGCUGUAUAAUUAACAUUCUUUUAACUUUCUAUUCCUACAAGAUUUUUUUCUUAUUUUAAGAUGUAAUCAAGAAAGCGGCUACAGUAUUUCAUAAUUGAUAUCAAUAAAAAAAAAAAUAUUUUUCUACCCCCAGAUGCUCUUGAUUAACAAUGGUUUUAUCACAAAAAAUUUUGUCUGUGAUAACAAAAAAUUGUCUUUGAAAGUGUGACUUUGGUAAUUGUGUGAAUACCUUUUAUUAUAAGUGAAAAAUUAAAGCUCCUACUGAGAAGAAACUAAUGAAAAUCACUUCCAUCUGAUUUCUUGUUGGAAAAAGGAAGAAAACUGUGUAUUUAUGGUAUGCUUACAAAAUUUCAUGAAAAAUUUAUUUAAUAUACAAAGUACACAUGUUCGUGAAUAUUUUUUAUGAACACAUUUUAUAAUCUUUGUAUAUGAAACUAUAAAUAAAUUUAGGGCCUUAGUAUAAGACUUAAUUGAACUUAAUACUAUGUAUGUGACUCUGUAGUUCUGAAAUGGAGACUGUAUUUAAUUUCCUUUUUGUGCUUGAUAGAAUUACAGAUGUGUCAAGACAUGCAAGUUUAUUUAGAAUUUUAUCUUUGAUGCCAAUUCAAGGUCAAUGUUUCUACAGCUUAAUUUUUAGAUAGAAUUUGUUAUUACAUGUAAAUAACUAUAGGUUAAACUAGUUUCACAAAAGUUGUUAAGCAUAGUAAAGAAUAUCUAGGUUUGUGAUGCGUAUUUCAGGAUUACUGAAAGUUGUAAUAUCUUUAUGUGUAGCUGUGUAGUUAUUUCAGUUGUGGUUGAUCUAUCCUAGAGUCUGAAAAAUCUACAUAGAUCUCGUGUCUUCAGUAGAAUGAUAAAAGAUGAUUCUGUCAUAAGUUUAUCUGACCAGACCAGUUUAAUUAGUUUUUACAUACAGAUUAAACUUAUAAUUCUGCAGAGGAAAGCCCUGCAUAUUUUCAUAUAAUGUUUUUGCUGUAGUGCUUCUGUCAUAAGUUUAUCUGACCAGACCAGUUUAAUUAGUUUUUACAUACAGAUUAAACUUAUAAUUCUGCAGAGGAAAGCCCUGCAUAUUUUCAUAUAAUGUUUUUGCUGUAGUGCUUCUGUCAUAAGUUUAUCUGACCAGACCAGUUUAAUUAGUUUUUACAUACAGAUUAAACUUAUAAUUCUGCAGAGGAAAGCCCUGCAUAUUUUCAUAUAAUGUUUUUGCUGUAGUUGAAUGUGUCAUUAUGAUGCCUAUGUGGAGGAACUUUCUUUAGCUGAAUAUUGUGCAUUGAUGAAUAAAUGGUCAAGUUUUUAUACCUUAUAAAUGUAUUCCACCCCCAUUGUUUUAGAUCUCAUUGGUAUUAGUAAUAUUUAAAGUUUCUCUAAUAACAACAGACAACUCUUAAAAGAUCUCUUUUCAUCCUGUCAUCAAUUUGUUUUAGCUUUUAUUACCUAAUGUAUGAGGAUAUAUUUUGUGAUUGUAAAGACAUUGUGAAUAUUUUAGUCAGCAGCAACCAUAUAUUGGUUUUACAUUCCUCUUUUAUGUUAUUAAUUAACUUGAAACCUGUUAAUACAAAAUGAUUUUAUUUCUGCUUGCUUAUCUUAGUGUAUUUAAAAUUAUAUCAGAGUAGAUAAUAUAAGAAAAGAGGAAAACUUUGUGUGGCGUAGUAGCUAGCUUGCUGAUCUAUGAAUUGGGAAGUCCAAGGUUUGCCCUGAAAUACUAUGGAACAGUUUAAAUACUUUUAGCUGUGGAUGAAUUAUAAGAAUGAUGUUCAAUUCAGUUAUUUUAUUAAAGCCUUUGUGGCAGCAUGUGCUACUGACUGGCGACUUCCUCCUGGUCAGUAGUUCAAAAUUAUGAAUGGUUAUACCUGAACACUAGAAGGUUACUGACUGGUUUUAUUGGCCAACUAUUGCAUACAGUUCCAUUCUGGUAGAAAAUACCAAAAACUGAAAAAAAAGGUGUGAAUAUAUCAGCUUUUUCUACUAAAUCUUAAACAAAAAAUAUAGUAAUAAUAAUCAUUUUCUCAAAAGAAUUUGGAACAUUGCUAUCUAUGUUAAAAACAAACAAACAUUAUCUUAAUAUUUGAAUAGCUGUUGGCUGAAGUUUUAAAAAUCUAAGUGCAGAAUUGCUUUUAACAUUAAUGUAGACUGUGUUUCAGGCAGUUAAAUGUUUGAAUUUUUUAGAAAUGAAAUCAAGCAUCGUUAUUAUGUUGCUGUACCAGAAGUUGGUGUAUUGAUGCUUUGUUCAAAUUCUUUUUAGACACUAGUGCUUUUAUUGAGUACCUGGGCAGUAUUAAUGGUCCCUUUUUUUGUAUGUUUAACUAACUGAUGCAUUUCUUCAUUAGAGGUGGUAGAUCACAAAGCAUUUAUAAAUAGAUAUGUUCAGUGAUUACCUGUUUCAACCACAGUUGUUGUAUUUUAAAAGAUUUUUUGGUGGUUAAAGCAGAUAUUUGGUAUCUGUUCUACACCAUAUUGGUGAUAUUAUUUUGUUACUGUCAAAUAUGUAGGUUUUAAUACUAAUAUAAACUGUGUUAAUUUGUUGCCACAUGUAUAUCCAGUUUAAAUAAAAUUAUUUUCUUC